AUGAACAGCUCUGAUCCGGUGGAGGUGACGGAGGUCGCCAAAUCGGCUGCCUACGCUCAUGAUGCGCACUUGGACGAGAAGCACGUACACAUCGACUCCAAGGGGCAACCGGAAAUUUCCUCCGAUGUCGACGUGAUCCAAGCUACUUCGGAGAAGAUCGCUGUCGGCUCAUCGGGUGUUGCAUACGAUGAGGAUGCCUCGCUGCAGAAGGAUUUUCCCAAUCCAGAGGAGAUGCAGACACUGCGUCGAGUCGCCGGCAAGAUUCCCUGGACAGCCUAUACUGUGGCCUUUGUUGAGCUGUGCGAGCGAUUCUCGUACUAUGGUACCACUGCUGUGUUCGUCAACUUCAUUCAGCGCCCCCUGCCCGAGGUGUCCAGCACAGGUGCGACCCAUGGAAUUGGAAACCUGGUGCCAGGCGCCCUGGGAAUGGGUCAGCAAGCAUCUACAGGAUUGACUUUGUUCAACGCGUUUUGGUCCUAUGUCAUGCCGUUGUUCGGUGCGUUCAUGGCGGAUCAAUACUGGGGUCGAUUCCGUACAAUCAUGUUCUCCAUUGCUGCUGCAUUGGUGGGGCACACCAUCCUCAUUGUCUCCGCUAUUCCUCCUGUCGUCAAGAACCCAGAUGGAGCUAUUGCUUGCUUUUCCAUUGGUUUGAUCGUCAUGGGUAUUGGCACGGGUGGUUUCAAAUCCAACAUUUCUCCCUUGAUCGCAGAGCAAUAUCGACAGGAAAACCCUUACAUUAAGACCCUGCCCUCCGGGGAACGCGUUAUUGUUGACCCCUCUGCGACGGUGUCCCGCAUCUACCUGUACUUCUACUUGAUGAUCAAUAUCGGCUCGAUUUUGGGCCAGGUCAGCAUGGUCUAUGCGGAGCGAUAUGUCGGGUUCUGGCUGUCGUACCUCUUGCCCACGAUCAUGUUCACAUUCUGCCCGGCCGUGCUGUUCUUCUGUCGCAAUAAGUACUAUCUAGUCAAGCCAACUGGCUCGGUUUACCUCCAGGCCUUCCGCACCUGGAAAUUGGCUAUGAAGGGACGCUGGUCUCUCAACCCAGCCCGCAUGUUCCAGAAGAACCCGAAGCCGUUCUGGGAUUCGGUUAAGCCAAGUGCGCUCGGCGUGAACAAGCCCGAGUGGAUGACCUUUGAUGAUGAGUGGGUGGACGAGGUUGCCCGUGGCUUGAAGGCUUGCAAGGUGUUUCUGUGGUAUCCGCUAUACUGGCUUGCGUACAACCAAAUGUUGAACAAUCUGACUUCGCAGGCGGCCACCAUGGAGCUUGGAGGCGUCCCCAAUGACAUUAUCAACAAUCUGAACCCCCUAGCUCUGAUCAUCUUCAUUCCUAUUAUGGACCAGAUUAUCUACCCGGGUCUUCGUCGCGUCGGAAUCAAGUUCACCCCGUUGAAGCGCAUCACGGCUGGUUUCUUCGCGGCCGGUCUGUCAAUGAUUGCUGCCACAGUUACUCAGUACUACAUUUACAAGCUGGGCGCGUGUGGUAAGCAGGCCAAUAAGUGUCUGGAUGAGAAUGAUUCGCAUUCUCCGAUUUCAGUCUGGGUGCAGGCUCUGCCGUAUGUUCUGGGUGGUAUUUCUGAGAUCUUCGCUUCGGUGACGUCGCUCGAGUAUGCAUUCACCAAGGCGCCGCGAAACAUGCGGUCGCUGGUCCAGGCUGUGGCGUUGUUCAUGAAUGCGUUCUCGUCGGCUAUCGGACAGGCUUUGGUCAGUUUGUCGGAAGAUCCGCUCCUGGUGUGGAACUACACCGUCGUUGCCAUUCUGGCGUUCGUUGGCUGCAUUGGAUUUUGGUUGACAAACUACAAAUUGGAUGGCCAGGAGGAUGAGCUGAACAAUCUGCCUCAGAGCCAUUAUGAGGGGCGCGGAGAGGGGGAUGUGGAGCAAUGA